AUGGCGUCUACCUUAUCAGCGCCACCUGCCGUGGCGUCCGGCGGCGCACCUCGGCCACCCCAUCAAUCGACCCCACUGCCGCAGCCCGCCGGAGCACCUCCUUCGCCAUCCACAGCUCCCCACAAUGCGGGUCCGCACCUGCUCUCGCUGAAAGUCAUGCGUGCAUCCGCACCAUCACUGGCUGUCAGCGAGAAGCCGUUUUAUGAGCUCUCUGGCGUGGAUGAAACCACUUCCUCCGGAGACGAGCUGAUCGGCGCAGUGGGGAGAGGUAUAGAGGAGAGCCUGACGCACGACUUGCUGUCUAACCGAUGGGAAGGGGUCAAUGGCUCGACGUCGGCAGCGAAUUUUCCGAUCAGCAAUCUCCUCGUCCUACCCAACUCUUUUGGCACACUGUCUCUUGGCGAGACGUUCCGCACCUACCUCUGCGUGCGCAACGAGGCCGCCACCGCCGUCCGGGAACCAAGUCUCCAAGUCGAGAUGCAAGUCGGAGCCUCAGAUUCACAGCAGCAAGCUGAGAACGUCAAAUGGCACCAGCUGGCACACGUAAUCCUGCCCACACCGACGCGGUUCAGCCCAGAUCCCACUGCCGCCGACACCGCCGAGGACGCAGGCCGACCAGUGUGGGAGCUCGCACCAGCCCAACCACUCGAAACAUCGCUCGGGUACGAUAUCAAAGACCUGGGCCCACACGUGCUCGUCUGUACCGUCGGAUACAAGUCUCCUCUGCAACAAAACAAUGAGAUCGUAUGGGUCGAGAGAUCCUUCCGUAAAUACUACAAAUUCAGCGUCGACCGCUCGCCCAUCUCGGUGCGCACCAAAGUGCACCAGCCGCGCCACGCCAGCUCCCUCACGCAUCCGGAUGCAGCCGUGCGAGGCAGGGUGGAGCUCGAGGUGCAGGUGCAAAACGUUGCGGGCAACGGCGCGUCGUUGGUGUUUCAGGGAAUGAUGUUGAAGCCGGCGCAAGGGUGGAAGUGGCAAAGCAUCGAUCGGCCGUCGCUCAACAAAGGAGAGGGAUUGGAGGAUAUGUGGGUGGGGAGGAGCGGGAACGAGGUGCUUGCGGAUGGGGAUGUGAGGCAGUAUUUGUUCGCCUUGACGCCAAGUACGGCGGCGACGGUGGCGGAGGAGGCGGCGAAGGCCGGGAUUGAUCUCGGCACGAGUGCUGAGGGUUACGCGAUACGGGGGGAUGCACUGGGGAAUUUAGAUAUCAGCUGGAGAAUGUCAUCCGGUGAACCGGGACGGUUGCAGACAUCGCAACUCGUUCGACGGCGGGUGGUAUCUCCUCCCGUGACCGCGCCCAGCUCGUCGGUCAAGCUUGCACCGCAGCUGAGCGCGCAACUCACAUUGCAGGCUAGCGCACUCGAGAGACUGCGUAAGGUGAGGCCAGGCACUAUGGUCGAGCUAGAUGUCCAAGUGGCCGUGUGCGAUGUUUCGGGUUUGCUGUUACCCGCGAGUACCGCGAGCACCAACGGAAGCGGUGCGGGAGACGACGACGACGACACGCCGCUCUCCGAAAUUGCCUCGUCCUCACCACGCAACAAGCGCGCCGCCUUGCAGUCUGCCACAGAUCAACCGCUCACCAUCCGUCGGACCCUGCGCCUAGCGCUGCAACACUGCUCGAUCGAACCGCCCACCCCUUCAACCGCCCCCUUGGCCAACCCCGCGUCCGCCGCCGCGGCCGAUCCAUCGAUGGCUGGAGACGCACCCUCAACGCCGCGCAAGACCCCUCUGCCGAGCCGCACAUCUACACCAACCCAAGCAUCCGCAGUCUCAGCGCUCAACAAAGCGCGGCUGCAGGCAAACCUGUCCAACCUGGUGCGCAACAGUUCGCUGUCCCUCCGACCGCGUGCGUCGGUGGACUCUCCACGGCCUGCGGACUCGGACAGCGGCGCAAGUCGGAGCGGGACGCCGCUGCCGCCAGCACCGCCGCCCAAGACCGAGCUCGCUCAUGCAGCGCCCGUGGACGAACACGAGGUGCGCAAAGUUGAGAGCUACAUACUUCCCGAGCCGGUCAUCGGAUGGGAGACGCUGGUGGAGCUGUACAAGGUGUACAGCGAGACACACGCGCAGGCGUUGACGCGCGCAACGGCGCUGCCCGUGGUGGUGCCAGAAACGUUCCUCCCCUCGCCUGCCACCGUCGCGCUCCCGCUCGGGUCGACGCUCAUCUCGCUCUCUGACGCACACCUGUACCUCUCCGCCCUCAGAACCCCGGAUGGAUCCCUACGCCGCUCCCCACCCACCGGCCAAGCGAACCGAGCGGCACACACUGCCACAGCGACACUGCAGUGGUCGGUCGCCGACGACGUCCAACUCUACGAUGCGAUCCGCUUCGGCGCGGUACGUCUCGUCUUGCUCUCGUACUCCGAUUCCGUCAACGGCAUCGAGGACGAGCCAGUGCAGUGCAUGACAACAAUACAUCAGCUGAGCGUGCUAGCCGAAACAGUGGUUUUGCCUCACUAA